GCCCCCGCUGCCCUCCUGCCCUGCCCGCGCUGCCGCCACCAUGAAGAAGCAAUUCAACCGCAUGCGCCAGCUCGCCAACCAGACGGUGGGCAGGGCUGAGAAGACGGAGGUUUUGAGCGAAGAUCUCCUGCAGGUGGAGAAGCGCCUGGAGCUGGUGAAGCAGGUCUCGCACAGCACCCACAAGAAGCUGACAGCAUGUCUGCAGGGCCAGCAGGGCCUGGAGGCCGACAAGCGCUCGAAGAAGCUGCCGCUGACGACGCUGGCGCAGUGCCUGACGGAGGGGUCGGCCGUGCUGGGCGAGGACUCCCUGCUGGGGAAGAUGCUGCGGCUGUGUGGGGAGGCAGAGGACAGGCUGGCUCAGGAGCUCAUCCACUUCGAGCUGCAAGUGGAGAGGGAUGUCAUCGAGCCCCUCUUCGUGCUGGCUGAGGUGGAAAUCCCAAAUAUCCAAAAGCAGAGGAAGCACUUGGCGAAGCUCGUGCUGGACAUGGACUCCUCCAGGACAAGGUGGCAGCAGUCGGUGAAGUCCUCAGGUUUGUCCAGCAACCUGCAGCCCUCGGGUGCCAAAGCCGACGCUCUCAGGGAGGAGAUGGAGGAGGCAGCCAACAGAGUGGAGAUCUGCAGGGACCAGCUCUCAGCUGACAUGUACAAUUUUGUGGCCAAAGAAGUAGACUAUGCAAACUAUUUUCAAACACUGAUCGAGGUGCAGGCAGAGUACCAUCGGAAAUCCUUAGCGCUUCUGCAGAAUGUCCUGCCUCAAAUUAAAGCCCAGCAGGAGGCAUGGAUGGAGAAGCCCUCCUUCGGGAAGCCCCUGGAGGAGCACCUGGCAGUCAGCGGGCGGGAGAUCGCCUUCCCCGUGGAGGCCUGUGUCACCAUGUUGCUGGAGUGUGGCAUGCAGGAGGAGGGUCUGUUCCGAGUGGCUCCCUCGGCCUCCAAGCUGAAGAAGCUCAAGGCUGCCCUGGACUGCUGCGUGGUGGAUGUGCAGGAGUACUCAGCAGACCCACACGCCAUCGCAGGAGCCCUCAAGUCCUACCUACGAGAGCUGCCGGAGCCCCUCAUGACGUUCGAGUUGUAUGAUGAGUGGAUCCAGGCCUCCAACAUCCCGGAGCAGGAGAAGCGGCUGCAGGCUCUCUGGAGCGCCUGCGAGAAGCUGCCCAGAGCCAACUACAACAACAUCAGGUACCUGAUUAAAUUCCUGGCCAAGCUGACUGAGUACCAGGACAUGAACAAAAUGACUCCGAGUAACGUGGCCAUCGUGCUGGGACCCAACCUCCUCUGGCCACAGGCAGACGGGAACAUGACGGAGAUGAUGACGACCGUCUCGCUGCAGAUUGUGGCCAUCAUCGAGCCGCUCAUCCAGCACGCAGACUGGUUCUUCCCUGGAGACAUCGAGUUCAACGUGACGGGCAACUACGGCAGCCCCAUGCACAUCAACCACAACGCCAACUACAGCUCCAUGCCCUCCCCGGACAUGGACCACGCCGACCGCCGGCAGCACGACCAGGCGCGCCGGCCCCUCAGCGUGGCCACGGACAAUAUGAUGCUGGAGUUUUACAAGAAGGAUGGCCUUAGGAAAAUCCAAAGCAUGGGCGUCAGGGUGAUGGACACGUCCUGGGUGGCUCGGCGGGGCACCCCAGCGGUGCGCAAGGCGUCCUGCACCCCGCCGGCCGCGCAGCCCCCCGCGCCCCCCGCCGAGCUCCCCGCCACCCCCCACUCGCCCAUUCCUGAGCAAUCCCCGGAUAUUUCAGCGACCCCCUCUCCGCCUCCCACCAGCUUCGGCUUCCCCCCGGCAGCCGAGCGGACAAGGUAAGGCCACCCUGUGUCCCCAGCCCGGGAAUCCUCCCCGUGAGUGAAUCCAGCAGCAAAAAACUCCACAGCCACAGCACAGGCAGUGGGAGAGGAUGCUCAGCAUCCCUGGGAGAGGAGCAGCAUUCCAGGGACACCAGGAGAGGAUGCUCAGCAUCCCUGGGAGAGGAGCAGCAUUCCAGGGACACCAGGAGAGGAUGGUCAGCAUCCCUAGGAAAGGAAUAGAAUUCCAGGGACAGCAGGAGAGGAUGCUCAGCGUUCCCAGGAGAGGAGCGAUGGGAACCACGUGGCCUUCAGGGAUUUUCCUGCCGCUCCUUGCCCGGGUAUCUGGGCUGUUGCCAGUUCUGGACUGCAGGAGUCAGGAAGGGGCCAGGAAAAUCUCAAAGGAUCCCGGUGUCCCCCGGGCCCUUCCUGUGCCCCAGGACUGUGUCCAACUUCAAUUUGCACAGCCUAGGUGGCAGAACGUCCUUGAAUUCCCGGUUUCUGCCCCCAAAAUGUCCCCGGGAUGCACCCAUGGGUGG